AUGCCCACCAAUACAAUAGCCACUUCUGCUACUCCCUCAACAAACAACUCGACUGCUGCAUACUCAGCAACAACAACAAAUUCCAACUCCAAUUUUUUACUUCGACCCUCUUCGAGAGAACCACGAGUUAUACGAAAAGCUCCAACUCCUCAGCCUUAUCAAUCGAAAAAGUCUGCUAUCGGUCCAACUAUAAGAAAGAGAGGUUACGAAUUGGCCACCAAGUCAAGCUCGAGUUCUUCCCUAUUGAAGAAUGAAGAAGGAAGUGCUGCCAAGCCAUCUCAAUUGAGAAAAUCAGGAUCGUUUACAGGGCAGAAUGUCAUUUCUAAUAAUACAAAGAAGGAAGCAAAUAAUGGAAAAAAGUUGGCAAGACCAAAGGGAUCUGCUUUUCAAAAGAAGCGUCCUCUUGAUGAUAAAUCUGUUUCAUACAAGCUGUUGGAAGAAAUUGUCAAUUCAACCAUUACUCAGUUUAUUAAGCAAGAUGGAAUUUUAAGUCAUAGAGACUUACGCUUAAUUAUUAAUAAGAAGAUUGCCCUCGUCAAGUCAAUCCAUGACAAUAUUAUUGGAUCUGAAGCUGUAUUUAGAACACCAUUUGGGUCGAAAAAGUAUUUACCAAUCACGUAUUGUGAUUACAUUGCAACGGGGAAACCAUUGAAAAUGAUUGAGGAUUACAUUUUGGAACAAGUUUUACCAACCUAUGCCAACACUCAUAAUACAACAUCUUUCACAGGUUAUCAAACAACACACUUGAUAGAAGAUGCAAGACAAAUAAUUGCUCAAUGUGUGAAUGCCAAUUUGAAAAAACCAGAAGUUGCAAGUUCAACCUGUACAGUGAGUGGGGAGUGUGCUUCACAGGAAUCCAACAACACUCAGAAGGAAGACGAUGAAGAUGUUAUUAUCUUUGCUGGAAGUGGUAGUGCAGCAUGUAUCAAUACACUCAUUCACUACAUUGGAAUCAGACAGAAAGUGAGAGAGGCACCAAGUGAAAAGGAGCUCCCUGUUGUCAUUAUCUCAACACUGGAACACCACAGUAAUAUUCUUGCUUGGAGAGAAACUGGAGCUUGUGUGAUUCAAAUUAUGGAAGAUAAGUACGGUAAUGUCGACCUGGAUGAACUACUAAUUCACCUCAAACAAUUCAAAGACAGUGGAAGAAUGCUAAUUGUCUCAAUGACUGCAGCUUCAAAUGUAACUGGUGUUGUGACUGAUACUGAAGCUAUUGCCAAGUUGGCUCACGAAAAUAAUGCUUGGUGCUUUUUUGACUAUGCUGGAGGUGCUCCAUAUUUGGAUAUUAAUGUCAAUCCAAAGAAUGAUCCUCUUCUUGCUAAGGAUGCAGUCUUUAUAUCCCCACACAAAUUUAUUGGUGGUCCAAGCACUCCUGGUGUUUUGAUUGCCAAGAAGAAACUCUUUUCAAAUACAGUGCCAAGUCAACCUGGUGGUGGUACAGUGACCUACAAUCACAGUUAUACUCCAGUUGUUGAAGAAAAGGAGGAAGGAGGCACAUCAAAUAUUAUUGGAAGCAUUCGGUGUGCUCUGGUAUUCAAGUUGAAGGAUGAAGUUGGACCAAAAUUGAUUCAGAGAAUUGAGGAAAAGUAUAGAGAUAGAGCUUUAAAGACGUGGUCAACAAAUCCCAAUCUUGUAAUGGUUGGUCCUGGAUUGGACUGUAUUGGGGAGGGAAAGGUUGAAAAACUUGCCUUCUUCUCCUUUUUGGUCAAACAUGAAGACUACUUUUUGCAUCCAUCCUAUGUGAGUUUGUUGUUGAAUGAUCUGUUUGGACUGCAGAGCCGUCCCGGAUGUUCUUGUGCUGGUCCUUACGGGGCUGAAAUAUUGGGCAUUCAAAUGACCAAGUUAAAUCUUAUUGAAGCUGCCAUUGUUGAAUCUAUCAAGUCGUCCAAUAGCUUGACUUGUUUGAAGCCAGGUUGGAGUAGACUCAAUUUGAACUACUUUUUCGAUGAUAAUACUGUUCAAUUUGUUUUACAGGCUGUGGACUUUGUUGCAACUCAUGGCUGGAAAUUAUUGCCUUACUAUGUUUUUGAUUCAAAAACCAAUGAAUGGAGUCAUAGAAGAUUUGGAAAUAAUUCACCUAUGCGUUUGUCAGGAUAUUUUGAUAACUUUACCAAAUACACAGAGGAAAAUAGAAAGAAACUGACAGAGGUUUCAUUUUCAAAUGGCUUCUUGGAGUUUGUAGAUAAGAAUGGAGAACUUCACAACACCGAGCCAACCACACCAUUAUCAUACAGUAAUAUUUUGAAAGAAGCAGAGUCUGUAUUGAGAGAAUCAACAAAUAACUUUAAUGCACUCUACAUUAACAUUGAAUCUGAACUUAAUAAUAUUUUUGGUGAUGAGGAGCUCGGAUUAAGACAUAGAUAUGGUAAUUUGCGAUGGUUCAUGCUUCCUUCUGAAGCUUUAAUGGACAUGAAAGGUAUUGAACGUGAGAAACAUACAGAUCCUGUGAUUGUUCCAAAAGUUUACCCAUCCUCAGAUAGUUAUAUCAAGCAAAAAAAGAUUGAAUCAAGAACAUUCCUCAAAUCAAGGUUAAAUAAAUAA